AUUGGCUGCCACCCAGAGCCAUAGAGACCUACAAAGAUAUCAUGGGGGAAAGAAAAGAUAAACUCUGUGGGAAAAGUGUUGCUUCUGUUAUACUCAGGCUGUUGCCAUGGUAACAGUGGGGCUUGUCAACAACAGGCGGGUUUUGUUUUAGUAAAGAGAUUAACGGUAGCAAGCAGACUAUCAAAGGGAUAUUAGCUAGCUGAUGAGAUCAAAUGGCUGAUAAAAGUGGUUUGGAGAAACUGGACUUUGGUGCAUUAAGCAUCGCGCAACAACAGCAACUCCGACAAUUUAAGAUCAUUACGAGAAUCAACAAUGAAAAAUAUUUGAGAGAGCAUCCAGAGACGGAGGUCUUAAUAAGCAACUUCUUAAGAGAUGUAUUUCUCAAAAGACCCACAGACAUUCGAGAGUAUGCAGCAGAUUACUUCACCAACCCAAACCUUUGUUUGAUCAUUGGCUCCAAACUGCAGGGCGAUCCUGCCGACACAGGCACAGACUGAAUCCUUACCGGAUUGUUUGGCAGUUCAACUGUUAUUGAAGUGUAAAGCUGUAACAAGCCUCUUUCUCUGUGUCCUGUACGUCCAGGGUAUUGACUAGUUAUUUGUUUCAAAGUAACAUGAUGUAAAAAUAUAAAACAUAUAAAGUGGGAAUGUACUGGCACCCAGGCAGAUGUUCUUAAUGAGCAUCAUUACAACAGGUUAGUUACAGGGCUAAAGGAGGAUGUUUUAUACCCCUGGUUGAGAGGAAAAUAUAGAGGAUUUCUAGGCCUAUAGGGUGGAGUGGACAGCCUCUUUACAGGAGUUAUCAGGGUAAAGUCUAAACGGGAUCAUUGGGACGUCCCAACUCUGACCUUACCCCACUGGAAGUUUAAAUAUUAAACGGUUAAGGUUACAAGGAUUGCCGAUAGCACUAACCGCUUUCUCAAGCCUCAGAGUUCCCCCUUCUGGACGCUUAUGUACUUCCGUUUCCGUUAACUCCCCAACUCAUCAGAUGAAACAAAAAAAACAUUUAAGCAAGAUGAGAAAAUGUGACCACAGCAAUACUGACCACACAGUUUAAAUGUUUAAUGAAUUUAAAAUCAUCAAGUAACCAGUGCAUCAGGCUUUGCUGUACAAACAUACAUAGCGUAGUAAAAACAGGUCAAAUCCAUCUCUCACAAAGAUGACAAAAUCAUUCAGAAUUCUGUUUGAUUCACAUUUUAAAAUCUGACACGCUACAAAAAUAGGCACAUCUGGUUUAACAAUUAAGUGAUUGUAUAGAGAAGAAGACCCUGAAGUUGUAUAAAAACCUAGACCCUGACAAUAUUGGACAUUUCAACAGUAGGCCUACGUAGUACAUUCUGUAACCAACAUACUGUGGUAGAGCAUGUGAAUAGAGAUGUUAAAUCCUGAGUGAACAGGCACAAAUCAUCAAUGUUUAGACAUGUCAAUGUUAAAAGGUAACAUAGAUUUCCUUUUUAUGUAUACACAAGAUUGUCAGUAACUUACAUUGUUUGAUUUUUGUUCAGGCAAUUGAUUGCCCAUCUCUUAUGGCUUGUAUUGGGCUCCGGAAAUCCAGAAUUGUAUCUUAGACACAGAUCUAGGAUCAGAUUACAUUAUGUAAAAUCUUAAACAUAAUCCUUAGGGAGUAAAACACACAACUGACCUUCCACCAGUGUCUAUAGGCAACAUCAUCCUACUGCCUUUAGCUCAGAGUAGUGUACUACUACUAGUCUCCUGACCCCAGCUACAUUACACAGUAUGAUGGAGCUAUCAAUACACACUGAUCUGAUCCAAGGUCAGUGUUGCGUUAUCCCCUAAUGGUAAUGGUUAGGAUUCAAAGGGGGUAAACUGGCCCUGGAUCUGUGCCUAUUAAACAAUCUCACACACACAUACUGUACUUUAACCACACCAUGCAAAGGAGUUUCAACCAACCGCGAUACAAGUUAGGUGUUGUUUUAUGUUGUGUCUGACUUGCACAGCAUUUUAACAGUAAAGCGGACCCCCCUUUAAAAGACAUGAUUCCCAUUAUUAGAACCCAAUAUAUACGCUCACUUUAGUCACAAUGUCAAAUUCUAGAUUGGAGACACUGAUUGAACAGCAAUGACUACAACCAUCACACACUGCAGCCAUCCCACAGACACACACAUCCAGUGUCCGAUGUUCUUCACGUACAAACAAGUUUAGUCCCACACACACUUCCAAUGUCUCCCGUCUUCACACAAACAUGGCCUGGGACACAAAGCUGUCUCCACGAGAUGCUCCGGUGGCAGGGGGGUGGUCCUCCUCGUUGUCCUGGUAAUCAUUGGCCUUGUACUGAUUGGGGGCGUACAUGGGCGGGACUUCGUUCAGCCUGGGUUCAUCCCAGCCAGAGGGGGCGCCAGUGUAGCGCAACGCCGCAUCACGAUUGUAUUCCUCAUCACUGUACAUGCGUCCAAGUCCUGGUGGGAAAAAUAAUCAUACAAAAUAAUCUGAAUAAUCAUAUAAAAAUAAGGAGAACCAAUGCAGUCUUCAUAGUAUUCUAGUGACCCUUGCAUUAGCGAACAAACUGACAGAGCAACAAAUCAAAUCAAAUUUAUUUGUCACAUACACAUGGUUAGCAGGUGUUAAUGCGAGUGUAGCGAAAUGCUUGUGCUUCUAGUUCCGGCCAUGCAGUAAUAUAACACAGUAAUCUAACAAUUUCACAACAACUACCUGUAAAAGGAAUGAAUACGAAUAUGUACAUAAAAAUAUAUGAAUGAGUGAUGGCCGAACGGCAUAGGCAAGAUGCAGUAGAUGGUAUAGAGUACAGUACAUACAUAUGAGAUGAGUAAUGUAGGGUAUGAAAACAUAUGAAGUGGCAUUGUUUAAAGUGGCUAGUGAUACAUUUAAUUACAUCAAGAUGGCAAGAUGCAGUAGAUGGUAUAGCGUACAGUAUAUACAUAUGAGAUGAGUAAUGUAGGGUAAGUAAAUAUUAUAUAAUAUAAAGUGGCUAGUGAUAAAUUGAUUACAUCCAUUUUUCCAUUAUUAAAGUAGCUGGAGUUGAGUCAGUAUGUUGGCAGCAGGUCUUGAACCCAGGUCUUCUAGCCAAUGGACAAACGUGCAAACCACUGCUCCAAUAGAGUUAAAUCACAGGGGGAAAUUGUAACUAGCUUACCAAGGCAAUGGUUUCUACAGUAUUAAAAAUACUUGUUUCUAUCUAUAGCAUAUUCAGUGUAACAGCUUCUAUCCACAUAGCAGCCCUCCAUACCCUUCAGUUUCCUACAGGUUCUCAUGUUUGUGUUCUGGUAAAUAGGGCAAUCAUGUUGAGUAACUGAUCAAUUAAUGAUCAGAAGUAGAUGUUAAAUUAUUUAUUUAUUUUUGUUUCAUGAAUCCUUUACCAGGAUGUAUUAUGAAUGAUAUAGAUAAUGAACUAAGAGUUGGGUUGAGACACUUUAUAAGCCAAAGCUACAGAGCUUAAUGUAUCCCGAUAGUCAAAAAUGGCUUCCUCUCCUGGUCUCCAGUCACUCCAUCUUCACUGAUAGGAAAACACAGGCCAGCUGGAAGCAAUAUCAAGGAGGCCAGCUGGGAAUUUGCUUUCACCCAUCCAGGUCUAUUUAUGUCUGAAGAUUGAGGAAAGGAUUCGGGAGAGAAGGACUAUUGAGAGAUUCACCCCAUGUAUGGCUGUGUUCUUACCGUGCUGGGCUCGGCAUCCUGGGGAGCGUAGUACAGGUGGUGCACGGAUCUGUCCAUGCUCUCCGCAGGGUCUCGACUGGUGUUCAGCUGCAGAUGCGCGCACACAGACAGGAUUAUUCUCGUCUACUCAUAAACCAAUUUCAGAUGGACGCUUUCCUAAUCUGCAAAAUCUUUUAACAAAGUUGAUAAAAACAUGUUGUGGUAUUGUAAAAUACAAAUUGAGGGGCCAUAUAGAGAUAUAUAAACAUCUCCCAUCACAGCAAGUCUAAAAGUGUUAUGGCUGACCAGCAUCCCUCACCCUAUCAGUAGAGCUGCUGCUGCUGGUGGUCUGCUGCUUCUUAGGGGGAGGGGGCUUGUACUUGGGUGGACCACUGAGAAAGAGAGAAAGGGAGGAAUAAAAUUUUUUUAUUCCAUUG